GCUGACUGGUCCCAGGAGUCCCCACUAAGAGAGACGGAGACAUCGAUUGUUGAAGCGGGCCUCAUAGAGCCCAAGGCAGGGACUUCCACUCAGUCUCCCAGGGCGCUGUGCCUGGACGAGCUUCUUCCACUAGUGCCAGUGGACCAGAGCAUCCCUCUCAGCACCGGCAUGACACUUGGCAGCACCUGGAGCUCUGGCCAAGAAGUCCUCCGCUGGUGGCAUCAGAAGUCGGCGCUCCCUCAGGUUACCCUGGUCCAGGAGACGAGGUUCAUGCGCGACCAUGAG